CGACACGUGACCCGUCACCGCCAGAGGAUGAACCCAUAGAGCAGCUUUCCGGGUCUCGGGGGGACAAGUGGGGCGAUUCCUACCUUGGAAAAGAAGGCAUGCCUUUAUCUGCUGCUGGGACUGAAUACAAUUUAUUCCAAUGCUAGGGGACGGGAGUGGGGGGGACGGGGCACUCACUCCUUAUCUGGGCUUGGUCUUGGCAGACCUUAAAAUGAGACCAUUGCGGGGAGGGAGGGGGUGAGGACCUGGGCUGGGGCCGAGGGAAGCAGCGUGCCAGCUCCGUCAGCGGGCAAACCUAAGAGGAAAAGCGGGCCUGGUCUCGGCCCCAUUCCUGUUCUCCACCUGUCUCUACCCUUUUCUUCCCUUUCCCUGACCCUGCCAGACUCUGUCUCCCUGGGUGCCCGCCUCCCCUCCCCUGGAAGGCGGGGCUUGGCUGCACCCACGUGUGUUGGAGUUAUAUGCUCCCAGCCGGCAGAGGAGCUGGGGAGAGUGGCACCCAGCUGGUGGCUCAGGCAGCGAAGCGGCACCAUGGCCGGCAAGAAAGUCUGCAUUGUAGGCUCUGGUAACUGGGGCUCAGCCAUCGCCAAGAUUGUGGGUGGCAAUGCAGCCCAGCUGGCACGCUUUGACCCACGGGUGACCAUGUGGGUGUUUGAGGAAGACGUCGGGGGCAGAAAGCUGACAGAGGUCAUCAACACGCAGCAUGAGAAUGUCAAAUACCUGCCGGGGCAUAAGCUGCCCCCCAAUGUGGUGGCUGUCCCAGAUGUGGUCCAGGCUGCAGCGGAUGCUGACAUCCUGAUCUUCGUGGUACCCCAUCAGUUCAUCGGCAAGAUCUGUGAUCAGCUCAAGGGCCACCUGAAGGCAGACGCCAUUGGCAUAUCUCUUAUUAAGGGGGUAGACGAGGGCCCCAACGGGCUGAAGCUCAUCUCUGAAGUGAUUGGGGAGCGCCUUGGCAUCCCCAUGAGCGUGCUGAUGGGGGCCAACAUUGCCAGCGAGGUGGCUGAUGAGAAGUUCUGUGAGACAACCAUUGGCUGCAAGGACCUGGCCCAGGGUAAGCUUCUGAAAGAGCUGAUGCAGACACCCAAUUUCCGCAUCACGGUGGUGCAAGAGGUGGACACGGUAGAGAUCUGUGGGGCCUUAAAGAAUAUAGUGGCCGUGGGGGCUGGCUUCUGUGAUGGGCUGGGCUUUGGCGACAACACCAAGGCGGCCGUGAUCCGACUGGGGCUCAUGGAGAUGAUCGCCUUCACCAAGUUCUUCUGCAGUGGCCCUGUGUCCUCUGCCACCUUCUUGGAGAGCUGCGGUGUUGCUGAUCUCAUCACUACCUGCUACGGAGGGCGGAACCGCAAGGUGGCCGAGGCCUUCGUCCGCACAGGAAAGUCCAUUGAGCAGCUGGAGAAAGAAAUGCUGAAUGGGCAGAAGCUGCAGGGGCCCCAGACAGCCCGGGAGCUACACAGCAUCCUCCAGCACAAGGGCCUGCUGGACAAGUUCCCUCUGUUCAUGGCUGUGUACAAGGUAUGCUACGAGAACCAGCCAGUAGGUGAAUUCAUCCGCUGCCUGCAGAAUCAUCCAGAACAUAUGUGAGCAGGGCUGGGGCCCAGGCCAGGCAGCCUCUUUACCCCAGCAGAGACAGGCAGAAGCUUGCGGUGCCUGGCCACCACGAUCUCUGGGACUCCCCACACAGCAGUGUCUUCUCAGCUUUUCACUGGAGGACAGACAGGUGCCUGUGGGCCCGGCCACCUGCCUGGAGAUCCUGAAGCACAAGCAGCCCACAGUCUCCUGCCACCUCAUCGCACCAGAAAUGGAGUUGCCUAGUCCCUCUCCAUAUGUGGGGCUUUCUCCCUGUCCUCUGGGAGGGGUAGAAUCAGCCCCAGUGCUGCCUGCUUUGGGUAUAUGGGGGGGAGGAAGGGAGGGGAGGGAGGCAAGGCAAGGGCUUCUUACUGCUGCCUCACACAGACCAGGACUCCUGUCCCCAAGCCCAGUUAAUGGCUAAAGAAGUACCUCAGCUGCAAGAGGGAUGAGGCAAGGGCUGCAGGGAGGGGUCUGGUCUUUUGGGCUGACAUAGACCUCUGCCAGGCCCCACAUGGCAUCAAUGGAUCUCUGUUUGUUCGCAAAAUAC